UUUGUUAUUUAAAUAUAUUUAAUGUAUUUGUAAUGUUUGCAACAAUAAUUCAGUAUAAAUAUGCCUUCAGUACCUGACACUUUCGAUACUGAAGAGUCUCUUGAUUAUGUUUAUGCAAGUAACGAAUUUUACCAAGAAACAUUUUUUGACGUAUGGGUAAAUUGUGUUGUUCCUUCCGGAUUAAGUAUAUUUUAUAUAGUAUACAAAGUGAUUUUGGUUAAUUUAUGUUUUAGUGUCAUAGUAUCAACAGGUAGAGUGCCCCAAACAGUAUUCCACAUUUUAUCAGGGUUCAGUGGUUUACUUUUAAUCAGCAGUCUUGAAUCGACAAAAGGAAAACUUUUAAUAUUUAUAUUCUUCACACAGUCAUACUUUCUUUUACAUUUGGGACGUGCGAUACAAAACAAAUAUGAUCCCGUACAAAAACAAGAUAUUAACAAGGUUCGAUACUUAGGCAAUUCAAAUAUAAUUAAAUACAUUUUGAUUACUACACUGGUUUUAUGUGAAUAUUAUUUGCUGGAACCUUCAACAUGGCUCGAAAUACGCGGAAUUGUCAUGGUAUUUACUAUGAAACUGAUUUCACUGGUUGACGACAUGGAUAAAGGCGUAACAAGCUUCCCGAAAUUUUCCCGAUACUUUGGUUAUAUUUUUUGUGGCGCCAACAUUAUGUUUGGACCUUGGAUAUCAUUUCAAGACUAUAAUGUUAUGUACCACCACCCCACUAGAAAGAAUAAAUGGUGGAUAUAUGGGGUACUGAGGGCUUUGGUUAUAUCCGUAUUUUUUUUGAUGGUUUCGAAUUGCUGGACAAGUUAUUUUAUCACUGACGACUCAAACAGAUGGCUAAUCGGAUAUAAGGAAGCGUUAUCGUUCAGGACAAGUCAUUACUUUAUAUGUUAUUUAUCUGAAGCUUCUAUGCUAGCCGCUGGUUAUAAAAAUUAUAAAAUUUGGUACGAAAAGAAUGAAUGGCGAUUUUUCAUAACUGACCCCUUCAGAAUUGAAGUGCCGAAUGCACUGGCAACUGUCGUUACCAAUUGGAAUAGGCCUAUGCACGAAUUCUUAAAAAGAUAUAUUUACAAGUCUUGGUUACCUUUGGGAAAAUUCUACGGGAUUUUAGCGACCUUUUUCAUGUCUUCAUUUUUACAUGGUUUCGAGAUUAAAGUCUCGGUGAUACUGAUAACAAUCGGUAUUUUUUCCUAUCUUCAGCUUGCCGUAAGGGAUCACCUUGCACAAGUUUUCGACUGCUGUAUAAGGGUAUACCCGUGUAAAGAAAACUGCACACAUAAGUAUAAAAGAAGCAGUAUAACAUGCAGAAUAAGCUUACUCGUAUUUUCAAUUUCUACAGUAUUGCAUUUAAUAUAUUUAGGUGUUUUAAUGGAUUCUUCUACACACGAAAUCGGUAUAUAUGAAAAAUGGAACAAUUUGUACUUUGUCAGUUUCUGGUUAAUGAUUGUGAAUAUAUUAAUUAUCAUAUGAGAUUAAACAUAUCAUUUACAUAUUCAAAAACGUGUAGGCUAGGACUGGGAACAAUGUAAAUGCAUGGGUCCAAGCUGUUUUUAAAAUAAAUUUGUACAAGUUUCAUUAGAAACAGUUUAAAAACUAUAAUUAUAUUAAUGUUUAAAGGGAAUUUUAUAACUUAAUUGCCCUGAUCGACUAAAUAUUUAGCUAAAGUUCCUAUUCCAAGCACUACAUCUUAAUUUGUAAUAAUAAGAUUUGAUAAUAUUAGUAUAAGUGUUUGUAUCGUUCAUUAUAUAUUUGUAAACAAUUUUGUACGUGUAGGCAGCAAUAAUACGAAGAGCAUUUAUUUGUGCUGAUGUAUAUAUAAUGUAUUCUUUCCCAUGUGAUAGAUUUAUAAUUUUUCAGUAUUAUUUUUCUCUCUUUUUAUUGAUAAGGGCUAAUAUACUCAAUUUUUUUA